GCAUCUCUGGGGUGAGAGGGAAAAAAAAUAAUUUACACUCCCGACUCAAGUCACUCAACGCACGCACCCCCACUAAAACCUCACCCCACCACUACCACCACUACCACCACUGCCACCACCAUUCCUCCCCACAAAAACGAAUCAACACAAACGCAAACUCUCGGGGAGUGGGAGAGUGUGUGAGAGAGUGUGAGAGGAAAAUCGAUAAAGUCAUAAUGCUCCCGCGGUCCCGAAUCCUUGCGAGAUAUUCUGCGGCGUACCGGGGUAUCGCACAACAACAACGGAGCAGUCUUUCGCUUCUUAGCCACGGUUAUCCACCGCAAUGGUCCCCAGCGGCGUCACCGUUCACGAUAGCAUCAGCAACAACAACAAUAGGGUUGGAAAGACUGGCAGUGCCGGUCAGCCGGGGGAGGAGGUGUUAUGCUACGAUGAACAACAACAAUAGUGGUCCGGAGAAGAGGGAUGAUGGGAAGCAGAAUGGUGGGGGUAGCGAUGGCAAAGACGAUAGGAAGGGCUCCUCUCUCCCGCCGCUGGAGGAAUUCAGGCCUCAGGAUAAGUUCGACAAGUUACACCCGGAGUACAAGAAAUUGCUUGCGAAGAUCGCGAAGGAUCCCGAGACCAUGUGGAAUAAUUGGACACACGAGGAGAGGGUGUCGUUCAUAACGAUGCUUCUCAAGAGUAAGGAGCUUGCAGAGAGAUUGCACCAAACCCCUGGCUCGAACCUGUUCCUGAAGGCUCUGAAUAAUUUUUUGGGGUUUGGACCCCCAAGGGCUGAUCCAAAAAGGGAUUCGAAGGAGGGGUCGGCCAGUGGGACACGGCCGGAGGAGCCGCUGGGAGAUGGCGAGGGGAAAAGCGGUAGGAAUAGCCAGCGCAGAGGGGGGCAGCGAGGGAAGAAGGAGGGUGCUGGUGGCGCCGGCUCGGGCUCGAAUACAAACUCUUUUAAAUUGGAUACCACUUCUUUAAUAGUCUCAUCCAUCCUUUCUUACAUGCUUUACCGGAUGAUCCCGGGAGAGCAGUCGAGGGAGAUCACCUGGCAGGAGUUCCGGAACACUUUCUUCGAUAAGGGGCUUGUGGAGAAGUUGACUGUGGUCAACCGGAGCCGAGUGAAGGUCAAUCUGUACAGAGACGCUACCGCCCAGAUGUACCCUGAUUCCCCGGCUGCCAAUGGGAACUUCUACUACUAUUUCAGCAUUGGGUCGGUGGAGGCUUUCGAGCGAAGAUUGGAUGACGCUCAGAAAGAAUUGGGAAUUCCUAGUUCCGAACGGAUACCAGUUGCUUAUAGGGAUGAGAUUUCUUGGACCGGAACCGUGCUUUCUUUUGCCCCCACCUUGUUGGUAAUAGGCUCAAUCUUCUGGCUGUCACGGCGUGCUUCGAGUGGAGGCGGGCAAAGUGGGAUUUUCGGCAUUGGGAAAUCCCGGGCCAAACUCUUCAAUCACGAGACAGAUAUCAGAAUAAAAUUUAAGGAUGUUGCCGGUAUGGACGAAGCAAAGGUCGAAAUCAUGGAGUUCGUUUCGUUCCUGAAACAGCCUGAACGCUUCCAAAAGCUCGGUGCCAAGAUCCCACGCGGUGCAAUCCUCUCUGGGCCUCCCGGUACUGGUAAAACACUCCUUGCGAAGGCUACUGCCGGGGAAGCCCAGGUCCCUUUCUUCUCAGUGAGCGGUUCUGAAUUUGUGGAAAUGUUCGUCGGUGUCGGCCCCUCCCGUGUACGAGAUCUCUUUGCCAAAGCCCGGAAGAAUGCGCCGUGUAUCAUCUUCGUUGAUGAAAUUGAUGCUAUCGGAAAGUCACGUGCCAGGGCAAAUAUCGGAGGCGGUAACGAUGAGCGAGAGAGCACACUGAAUCAAUUGCUUACCGAAAUGGACGGUUUCAAUACUACGGAGCAGGUGGUUGUUUUAGCUGGUACCAACAGAGCAGACGUUCUUGAUAGAGCACUUAUGAGACCUGGGAGAUUUGAUAGACACAUCACAAUUGAUAGACCAACCAUGGAUGGGAGGAAGCAAAUAUUUUUGGUCCAUCUUAAGAAGAUUGUAACCUCUGAGGAUAUGGAUUACUUGAGUGGGCGUUUGGCCGCAUUGACUCCUGGUUUCUCUGGAGCUGACAUCGCGAACUGUGUUAAUGAAGCUGCUCUCAUUGCCGCGCGGGGCAACGCCGACCAGGUUUUAAUGACCCAUUUCGAGCAAGCAAUUGAGCGUGUCAUUGGUGGUCUCGAAAAAAAAUCCCUUGUCCUCUCACCAGAGGAGAAGAGAACGGUUGCGUAUCACGAGGCCGGUCAUGCUGUUUGCGGUUGGUUCCUAAAAUAUGCCGAUCCACUCCUCAAAGUCUCCAUCAUCCCGCGUGGUCAAGGCGCCCUCGGCUACGCACAGUACCUCCCACAGGGAGAACAAUACCUCUUGUCGUUAGCCCAACUAAUGGAUCGAAUGGCAAUGACUCUCGGGGGACGUGUCUCGGAGGAACUCCACUUCGAUACCGUCACCAGCGGAGCCUCAGAUGACUUCAACAAGGUGACCAGGAUGGCUUCAGCCAUGGUGACAAAGUGGGGGAUGAGCAAGAACAUUGGCACGCUAUACUACGACGACGACGAGCAGAAGCUACAGAAACCAUUCUCGGAGGAGACGGCGCGAAAGAUCGACUCAGAGGUGCGGAGGCUGAUCGACGAGGCGUACAACAAGUGCAGGACAUUGCUCAUGGAGAGGAAGGCGGAGAUUGGGCUUAUUGCAGAGGAGUUGUUGUCCAAGGAGGUCCUUGGGCGGGAGGAUAUGAUUCGGAUAUUGGGCAAGAGGUAAGCGUCCUUAUUAAGUAAAGUGACUUCUGACAAUUGCAAAAAACUGAAUGGAAAAAUAGGCCGUUCGAGGAGAGUAAAGAUUUUGAAAGGUUCUUUGAUAGGGGUCAUACUUCUGCUCCCCCACCCUUUCCCGGCGAGGACCAACUCCCCCCGCCAUCUCAAGAACCCCGCGCACCAACACCUCCAUAGUCACUGCGAAUUCACAUUUUCUCUACUCACCUUCCUCCCACCCACCCAUCUAUCCAUUCAUGCACCCACCCAUAUAUUGAACCCCAAACUCUUGUAAACCAAAAUUAUAAAAAAUAAAAAAAAUAAAUUUAGCAUAUUAUCUAUAUCAAAUCAGAGACCCUUGCCACUAGUUGGGGGAUUUUUUUUUCUUUUUCCAUUGA